AUGUUAUGUCUAGUUAGAAUCAAAGAUAUCUCUUUGAUAUAUAUAUAAUAUAUAUAAAGAAAGACUUCAAGUUUUAUAUAUCGACCGGCCUCUCGUUAAUGUUGAUAUAAUGGAGCAAAUAAUACAUUUCUACAAAGGUAUGAGUUGGUGGAAUAACACAAUCCAACCAUUCACGUGGGCCUGACGUGUCACUUAGGCAAGGCUACCUAAGACAUGCUGUCUGUAAAACUUCGUCUUACAUCUCAGCAAAAACAACAUCCAACUAGACCCGCCUCCUUCCCAUUCAUCGGAUCGGGGAUUCCAAGCAGCUCGAAGAAUUACCGCUCGUCAUGUCAGGUCAAGGUAGGCCGGGUGGUCGAGGGCGUGGGGAGGAGGACCACCCCAUGGGCGAGGUCGCGGCGGAGGAGGACCGCCUCAUGGGCGUGGAGGAGGAGGGCCGCCUCAUGGGCGAGGAGGGUCAUUUCAGGGUAGUCGUGGUGGUGGGUUUGGAUCCUCAGAGGUAUUCAGGCAAGUGACACCAGCCCAUCUAGAUGCGCCUACUUAAAGAUUUAUCCUUACACGGGUUCGCCAUAGGCCCUCGGGUGGCGUCCCGCCGCCUGAUGCGAUGGUCAGGAAGGUCGAAGACGCUCUCCAGGCCGGCAAAGCAUCGCUUAACCUCGGAAACCCGAGCCUUGCAGAUGGAUUUCCCACUCGCCCCAGCUACGGGGUAAAAGGGUCGGACGUCGUACUUUGGGCAAAUUACUUCGUCCUCGACACCCCACGGCAACUUCUCCUGCAGCAAUACCAUAUAUCUGUGACUCCUGCUGCCACGGGGAAAAAGCUGACCCAGGUUAUACGUCUGCUUCUGCAAGCACCAGACCUAUUACCAUUCCAAGCCGACAUCGCCACCGACUUCCGGUCGACUCUCAUCUCGCGGCGUAGGUUUGAGAUCCAAGAAGUCCAGGUUGAAUACAGAGGAGAGGACGAGGACGAGCCUCGCCCUGGUGCUCGUCAGUAUACCGUCAAGCUGGACUUUAUCAAGGUCCUAGAAGCUUCCGCGUUAACCGAGUACCUUACUUCCACAAACCUGUCCGCCACUUACGAUGACAAGCUGGCAGUGAUACAGGCUCUCAAUAUCUUUUUGAACCACUACGCUAAGUCUGCCGGGAACCUUGCUACCAUCGGUGCAUCGAAAACGUUCUCCUUGAGUAACGAAUCUGAUACAUGGAUUCUUAGCGACUGUCUCAUCGCCUUACGUGGCUUCUUCGCGAGUGUACGCGCAGCCACGGCUCGGGUCCUUGUCAAUGUCAAUGUCAGCCAUGGUGCCUUUUAUCAGGAGGACCGUCUUGAUGCACUCAUCGCCAAAUCUGGGUUGCGGAGAGAUCCACGCAGGCUGGAAGCCUUCCUGAAGGGGCUGAGGAUUAAGGUCACCCACCUCAAAGACAGACACAACAAAUCCGGUAAGGUCAUAUUGCGAGCGAAGACCAUUUCUGGAGUGGCAAACAAGAACGAUGGACAUAGCCUAGGACACCCCCCUAUAGUGAAGGGAUUUGGAUCUGGUGCGAAGGAGGUGCAAUUUUGGCUGGAUGAAAAGAACGUCUCGGCUGGUCCGUCGACACAGACGCCCGCGGGCAAAAAGGGUGGCAAGGGUACCAGGUCCCAGGGAAAGACUGCCGCGUCCGGCGGCAAGUAUAUUUCUGUGUUUGACCAUUUCCUGUCUACACAUGGGAUUCGUAUCGCGGAUGUCACCCUUCCCGUAAUCAACGUUGGGAAUAGGGACAACCCUUCGUACAUGCCGGCCCAGGUCUGCCAUGUUUUACCGGGCCAACCUGCCAAAACCAAGCUCGGCCCGGCCGAGACACAGAACAUGAUUCGGUUUGCAGUUCGCAGACCCGUUGAGAAUGCGAGGUCUAUUGUUAUGAAGGGACGGCAUACAUCGGGCUUGUCCCCCGACACAAACCCACGAUUGUCGCAAUUUGGGGUCACCGUCUCGCCCGACCUCAUUACUGUCUCGGCCCGUGUUCUCUCCCCGCCAAAGAUCGUAUACAAGCAAAACCAGCAAGCCCAGGUAAUGGCUGGUGGCUGGAACCUGGUGCCACGUAACUCAGCGAGUCUCAAGUUUCACACUGGUACCGUCCUGCAAAGAUGGUCAUGUCUGUAUAUCGAAAUGGAGGGUAACUUGUACCCGAGAGCUCAAAAGUUCACGCCCGAAAGCCUCGCGAGCCUAAUAGGAGGGUUCCACUCUGUCCUUAAGGACACCGGGAUUGCUGCAAGUCCCCCCCUUUCCCCACAGCAGGUCCAACUGAGCGAUACAGAUGAUAUCAAACUCGACAACUUCAUCAAACGUGCAGCCUCAUCGUUGCAGUUGCUGUGUAUCAUCCUGCCGGCCAGUCCGAUACCCCUUUACGACCGCAUUAAGCAGCUGGGCGACGUAAAGUACGGUAUCCACACCAUUUGCAGCGUCGGCACGAAAAUUGCGAAACUUUCGGGCCAGGACCAGUACUUCCGUAACGAGGCUCUUAAACUUAACCUGAAACUGGGUGGCGACAACCAUAUCGUCAGUCCCGCGAAUCUAGCUCUGGUCGCCGAAAACAAAACCAUGAUCGUCGGUAUCGACGUAACUCACCCCUCCCCGGGAUCGAGCUCGAUGGCUCCUAGCGUCGCAGGUAUGGUAGCCAGUAUUAACAGCCAGUUGGGUCAGUGGCCUGGUAUCUUGAGUAUCCAAAAGGAACGUCGCCAGGAGAUGGUCUCGGACCUGCAAAGCAUGCUCAAGUCCCGCCUCCAUUUAUGGCGCGAGAAAGGGAAGCAUGCCACCCUUCCCGAGAAUAUACUUGUAUAUCGGGAUGGUGUUUCAGAGGGCCAGUACCAGAAAGUCCUAGAUGAGGAGCUCCCAUUACUUCGCGCCGCAUGCCGGGAAGUCUAUUCUAUCCCGGACCAAAGCAAAGGACUCCCACGCCUGACUAUAGUCAUAGUUGAGACCGACGCCGACCACCGAGGCGUCACCGAGGCGCGGAGCUGGGACUUCUUCCUACAAGCCCACACCGCACUUCAGGGCACGGCACGACCAGCACACUACUUUGUUGUGCUAGAUGAGAUCUUCCGCCGCCGAAAUACCGGCGCAGGUAAUAAGGGCAAGACCCCAGCUACCACACCAGGAAAAAAUAUCGCCGACGAACUGCAAGAGCUGACUCAGAGCAUGUGCUAUGUGUUUGGCCGCGCCACCAAGGCUGUGAGCUACUGCACGCCCGCAUACUACGCCGACAUUCUAUGUGAGCGUGCUCGAUGCUAUAGCAAAGUUUUUGACCCCCAAUCUUUCGUAAAGACCCACGGGAGAUUGGAGAAUACAAUGUUCUACAUCUAAGGCGAGGUCCGUGAAGCCACGAGACUCAGUAUCAGGGAAUGUAACGAAAAGAGGGUAAAUUUGAUAGUUUGUGGCCGGCGGUGAUAUAUGAGUUGUGAAAAUGUCAAGUUACGGUAUGGAUAGAAAACUUACCAUCUGUUACGUGACUACGGGCUAUACCCACCUCGGGCCACCCUUAUCUUACUAAAAAAACGCUAAAAGUUAUUAACUUCGAGCUUACCGCUUUCUAUUAAUAUUAAAGCUAUUCCUAAGAUAUUAUAAUUAUAGUUUAUAUAGAGGUUUACUUUUAAUUUUGCGUUUUCAUAACUUUAA